GUCUGUGGCGUCGACGCACAACUGGCGGACGGUGCACACAUGUCUGCCACAGAUGGAGCAGGCUCUCCGCAGCAGCAGGGAGAUGCGGAUCCUCGACGUCGGCUGCGGCCCCGGCUCGAUCACGCACGACGUGUUUGCCAGCUACGGCGAGUCCAACGCGGUUGUCGGGCUCGACACGCCGGCCGAGUUGAUCCAGGCGUGCCGGACCAAGUACUGCAGCGGCGGCGACUCAGCCGUCGACACGACGAACCACAACACGCUCAAGUUCGUGCAGGGGUCCGCGUACAAGCUUCCGUUUGCGGACGGCGAGUUCGACAUCGUCUAUUGCCACCAGGUGUUGAUCCAUUUGAAGGACCCCAUCGCCGCCGUCAGGGAGAUGCUGCGGGUCUUGAGGCGCUCGGAGGGCAAUGCGCUUUUGCCUUCGUAUCUCUUUGUCUGCGAGGGAGAAAAAAGGUCUUUCUUUUUCCACCCGUUGAGCUACCAACCGACCCUCACUGAGUAUUUGAACGUCGAGGCGUCCAAGUACACGAGGGAAAGCUUUGGCCUCGGCCUACUCGAACUCUUCAGGUCUGCCACGGAGGACUCGCUACGCCACCCGAAAAGUGUCUCCUUGGACACCGUGUCCUGGUGUAUCAGCGACGAGGCGUUGAAAAAGCACUUCGCUUCGAUGUACGUCGACAGAAUAGCCUCCCGGAAAGACGUCCCCGACGUCCAGCGCUUCAUCGACGCGUGGACAAACUGGUCCGAGGACCCUGUAAGCGCUGCUGCAGCCAUGAACGGCAUCUUGAUUGUCGUAUACUAGCCUUCCGUAGCCGUGUAU